CCCAUGGUUUAUUUCUGUGCAGCUGUUUUGUCUUUGACUCAUUCUACAGCCACACAAGUGGGCUUGGCCAACAAAGUUCUAGUCUUCCCCUUCGAGACGGACUUCAGCUACGUGGCCUUGCUCCCCCAGAAGGACAUGGCUCUCCGGGCCUUCACCCUCUGUAUGCGUGUAGCCACUGAGCUGCCGGAGGAACGGCAGAUCAUCCUGUUCGCCUACCGCACACCCGACUAUGACGAGCUCAACGUGUGGCGCGAGAAAGACGGACGCGUCUCCUUCUACAUGAGCGGCGACGGCACCUUCUACAACCUGCCCCCCCUCAGCACCUUCCGCACCAGCCUCUGCCUCACCUGGGAGUCUCGCACCGGACUCGCUGCUUUCUGGGUGGACGGCAAACGAAGCACGUACCAAGUGUACAAACCUGGUCACAGCAUCCGUCCCAAAGGCACCGUCCUUUUGGGGCAAGACCCCGACAAGCACCUGGGGGGGUUGGAGGCCACGCAGAGCUUCGUGGGAGAACUGACUGACCUGAACAUGUGGGACUAUGUGCUUUCUAGGAGCCUGAUUCAGGCUUGGCAUUAUGGACACAAGAUCCCCAAGGGAAACGUCUUCGACUGGUCCACCAUAAAGUAUGAGCUGAGUGGGAACGUGAUGGUGGUAGAUGAGGACUGACCUGAUGUAAAGUCCAGUGCAGACAGGUCAAGUCAAGCAGUAGAUGUGAGUGUUGGACUGAUACUCAUGUGUUCUUGUCGUUUAGAUUCAUAGCCGUGGGGACGUGUGUAA